UAUGUAGCAGGAAACCCCAAAGGAGGAAAGGCUACAGGACAAAAUGAAGCCGAAAUCUCUUCUGGAGACAUGGGAUGAAGGGCAGAAUGAGAGCCGAUACCAGCGAUAUGUUUGCUCAAAGAAAUAUGUGACUUUGGAGGAGAAUGAGAGCCAAGAGAAAGCAAAGGAGGAGAAGAAGACAAAAAAGAAAGAGAAGUACAAGAAAUAUAAAAAGAAUGUGAGGAAGGUUCUGCGUUAUAGCUGGAAGUGCCUGUUGCUGGGACUUCAGAACUUCACAGUGGGAUACUCGGUGCCCAACAUAUCCACCACAUUCGUACCUGAGUUCAGAACAAACUCUGACAGGACAAGACCAAAUCAUUGAUAAGAAGACAGCUGGACCAAGCAGAUGAUUGAGCACUGUGUCCUGGGUGACCUUGAGACUCUGGUUUUGGGGUCCAUUUGGAUAUUUGGAGCAAUCAAAAAAUGAUAUUGGUUCAUUUUUUUUAAACAGAAACUUUCAUAUUAUAAUAAAGCCAUAUUUUGCAAAGAAAAAAAAACACCCAGAGGACUUGCUGAAAGUAGUGAUUCUCACUUGUGUUCCCUUUAGGUAUCAGUUUGUCACAAAUUAUAUUCCUAAAAUUGUAGGACCAAAAGAAUAAUAAUUUAAAAAAAAAAACAUGGGAUUUUUCUGAGAUUAAAUUGGCACUGGCGGGAUUUAAACAUGCAGCCUCUUGAUUAUGAGGCACUUUAUCACUGCGUCAAUGAACAACAUAUUACUUGAUACUAAAACAGGCGUUUUUCUGUCUAUUGUUCCCUGCUUAGUUCCAUGAGUCAAGUUUUGGCUGAAGAGCUCCACAAUAUAAUGAGAUCUAAGUAAAAGAGGAUUGAAAUCUCUUCUACAAAUAAAAUUUUUUAAAUGCGUAAUUAAAAAUCUAUAGUAUUGGUGUACUGCAUUAAAACCUGAUCACCUAAAAAUAUCUAAUACAUUUUUAUCAUGUGGACAAUAAAUAACUAAUUAAUAUUUUGCAUAAUAAAAAAUACUUUCAUAUUAACCUAUAAAAAAUACACUAGUGAAGGUGACUUCUUUCCAAAUAUUUGGAAAUAUCUAAGUAUACACCUUUUUAUAUGUGCUUAGACACGACAGAUCUGGGGUGUGUUUCCCAAAAGCCUCUUAACCCUAAGAGCAUCUUAACUAGGAGAGAGAGUGUUCAUUGUGCUGCCCGCUCUACCAUUUAAAGAUGAUCUUUGUGCUGCGAUGCUUUUUGGAAACUCAGGCCAGUUUGCUCGGCAUCCAGUAAACUUUUACUGAAUAAUUGUUUAGUUUAUUAUUUUCUGACUCAACAGGGUUUUUUUUAAAGUUCUGUUAAUAUACACGUUUGAAUUAUUCAGUAACAUAGAGCCGUAACCCCAAUACUGUAUAUCUUCCAUUUUCUCCAUAAAUAUUUAUGUACGUAUACUGUUCUGUUCUGCUUGGAUUUAAUCAAGAUUUUAUUUGAUGAAAAAUGGACGAUGUCAGUGUUUUCGAGUCAGUGCUGGUUUGUUGUGUGUCAGUCCAGUAUGGAGAUUUAGCAUGUGUCGAAAACAGUGCAGAGGAUUUUGAAACAGGAAGCUUUGAGAGCAGAUCAAAAUAGGAUGUUCUUGCAAAGACCAGAAACACAGGGUCAAGUUUCAUAAAGUUUGGAGAACCUUUUCAAUCCUGCCUUGAACACACCCUUGUUGACUUCCCCUCAUUUCACAUUAUAGCCUACUUCGUGUGAUCAGUGUCACCCUCUUCAAUACCCUAUUACCUUCAGUGAAGUUUGGAGCAAUUUGCUUUUUCAAACCAGAAAAAAAAAUCUGUUUCGAAGCUGAAAGGGUGUCAUGUGUACAGGGCAGUUUUAUGUACUAGAUCUUUGUCUGCUUGUGGAAAUGAGGGAGAAAGGAUGGACCUGGGGUCACCUGGAAAGAUGGGCUCCAGAUUGAGAACAUCGGAGGUCUUUGGUGGAGGCCUCUUGCUCUAUUACGGGUGAUGAGGACUAAUGAUGAUAAUUUGGCUGCUUGCAGGGAUGUAGGCUGGGAAUCACUUAUACUACAUUGUUCUAGAUAGCAGUCUUUAUUUGUGCAUUUUAAAUGUAAAAUUAGGCGGCACGGUGGUGUAGUGGUUAGCGCUCUCGCCUCACAGCAAGAAGGUCCUGGGUUCGAGCCCCGGGGCCGGCGAGGGCCUUUCUGUGUGGAGUUUGCAUGUUCUCCCCGUGUCCG